CUUGUACGCCGGGCGUAUAGCUGACGUUACGCCUGGCACAAAGUAUUGGUGCACUUUGUGUGACUGAUUAGUGCUAGUAGUAGAAAAGGCUGGCGGUGUUGCACUGGAGCGCCCAGCGCCUCAGUGUUGCAUCGUGCGUCACGCCGUGAUGACGAUGGCGGGCAGUGAGGAGAUCGAGCUGAAGCGUAUGUCAACCCCGUUGCAAGACUUUGUCCCAUCGACGAUACGGUUCCGGAACGUAGUCUACCGUACGAGUGAAAAGGAAAUUCUGAGCAAUAUCUCGGGCCGAUUCCAACAUGGCCGACUGGUAGCUCUGAUGGGACCGUCCGGUGCGGGUAAAUCUUCGCUGCUGAAUGUGCUGUCCGGUGCGCAGAUGUUCGGCAUGAUUGGAUCGGUUACCAUCAACGGUGAGCCGGUGGAGGAGAACGAUCCACGCAGUGUGUACGUCGAGCAGGAGUGUCCACUGCUGGUGUUUCUUACCGUCCAGGAAACGAUGCAGUUUGCGGUAGAUAUGAAGAUGCCCCAGCGAUCACUGCAGUCGGUGAAGGAGGCAAAAAUCAACGACAUACUGGAGAUGGUUGGUUUGAACGAAUCGCGCAACACUGUCGUGAGGAGUCUCUCGGGCGGUGAGCAGCGUCGGCUGGCGGUGGCAGUGGAGUUGAUUACGAAUCCCCCGAUUAUGCUACUGGACGAACCUACGAGCGGGCUGGACAGUGUGUCCUCUACGCAAGUGAUCUCGCAUCUCAAGUCACUGGCCAUGAGUGGACGUACGAUCGUGUGUACGAUACAUCAACCCGCGUCCAGCCUGUUCCAGCUGUUCGACGAUGUAUACUUACUCCGCCAAGGACGCUGUCUGUAUACGGGUCCGGUCGAGAACAUGUUGGUGAGGUUCGCACGCGUAGGACUUCGAUGUCCGGAGUACUACAAUCCGGCCGACUUUGCGCUGGAAUCUAUAUCCGCCAAUCAACCCGAAGCACUCCGGAUGCUGUGCCAGCUUGUGGAUGAGGACAUGCGAGAGAUCAACGCUGGUGCUCCAUCGAGCCCUACGACGCUGGUCGCUCAGCUAGCUCCCGGGAAGCGGAUCGCUCGUUACCAAACUGCCUGCUACUAUCAGCUCUACACACUGCUCAAGCGUUCCGUGCUCUCCUCCGCCCGUGAUGAGUUUUUCCUCAAAAUUCGUCUCGGCAUGCAUCUCGCACUGGGGCUCGUGUUCGGUGCCGUACACUACGAUGCCGGUUCGGAGGCGGCCAAAGUGCUCGCUAACGUUGGCUGCUUCUUUCAGCUGUUUGCGUUCGUGUACUUCACCAACGCCGUGUCGGUAGUGAACUAUGCGGACGAAGUGAAUGUCGCGAUCAAGGAAAUCGCCAACAAUUGGUACAGCCGCGAGGCGUACUUCUUUGCCAAACUCAUCCACGAUCUUCCGCUGCAGCUGUUUUGUCCCUCGUUUCUGCUCGCGAUCGUGUACUAUCUGACCGGCCAGCCGAUGGAGUGGAUGCGGUUCGGUAUGCUGCUCGGCGUGUUCGCCGUCGGUGGUGUGAUCGGACAAAGUUUGGGACUGAUAGGGGGGAUCUGUUUUGAGGUGAAGAUGCAAAAUUUCUUCGUCGCUAAUGCGUGCAUCGUGCCGAUUCUGUUUUCGGGAUUUUUUGUUAAUGCGGGCGAUAUGAUCUCGAUCCUGCGGCCGCUCAGUACGGUUUCGUUCUUUCGGUACCAGUUUCAUGGGGCGAUGCAGGCGCUCUAUGGGUACGAUCGGGGUACGAUUCCGUGCGGGCAGGUGUACUGUUACUAUAAGAAGCCGGCCACCAUACUGGAGCAGUUCGAUAUCGAUGCGUACGGGUAUGGGACGAGCAUUUCGAAAGCGUUGGUGCUGGUGCUGAUAAUGCAGCUGAUUAUUUACGUUGGGUUUAUGGUGCGCUUGAGACGAAUAAAGUGAGUCGCGGUGGUGUGUGUGUGUGUGUGUGUGUGUGUGUGUGGGGGGGGGGGGAGGUGAAUAAAAAUAAGCAAUGGCUCUCUGUAUGGAGGAAGUACGAUUAAGGGUUGUUUUGUAAAGAACUGUAGCUUGUUUACUGGCCAGUGGUCGGCAAGCUGGGGCUCGUUAGCAUUCGUGUGAUCAGUAUAUAAAAUGUGUUAAGUAGAUUACAUACUUUAGGCUAUGUAGUAUUGGAUUCCUUUAAGAUUAUAACCAUUUCUUGCUAAGACAAGUUAUGUAAAAAUUAAAAUCAAGUAUAAAAAUUAAAAAAAAAUAAAACCUUACUAAUUGUAAUAAGAGCAGUUUUGAGCCGAAUUUCGACUAUUAUUGUUUAAACUUGUGAAAAUUGUAUUGAACUAUUUAACGAUAAUAAAAAUAUUUUCUACAGAAAAAUUCAAAA